AUGGCUGACAAUUAUGUAAAGGUUCAAGAGGAUAUUGCAUCAAAAAUUAAAAAAUCUCAAAUAAAUUUCAAAAAAUCCCCUAAAGAAAGAAUAACAAAAUCGUAUAUUGAAACGCGUUUAGAAUCUUUAGAAAGCAAUUGGACUGUGUUUUCGCAAAAUCAUCGUAAAAUUGUAUAUGAACUUAGGAAAGAGGACUUGGAAAAAUCUAUUUACCAUACAGGGGAUAUUUAUGAUCAAACUGAGGAACUUUAUUUCGAAUAUAAGACAUUACUAAAGGAAACAUUGUUAAGGUAUAGUGCUGAUAAUAUUGUAGAACCUGUUAAUAUAGCUAGCGAAAAACCUUCAGUUAGCUUGCCGAAAAUUACAUUGCCCAAAUUUUCCGGGAGGUACACCGAGUGGGUGAGCUUCCGUGAUUUAUUCACUUCCUUAGUACACAAGAACCCUGGUAUCGAUGAUGUCCAAAAACUUCAUUAUCUAAAAAGUAGUGUAACAGGUGAAGCAGAACAAUUGUUGCGACAUAUCCCAAUAACGUCGGAUAAUUAUCAAGUCUGCUGGGAACAAUUAGAAAGUCGCUACAACAAUAAGAGAUUUUUGGCUAAUAAUAUUUUGAAGAGGUUAACUAGCCAAAGGGCUUUAGUAUCAGAGUCCGCGGGUGCCAUUAAACAGUUAUUAGAUACCACGAAGGAAUGCUUACAUGCACUAGAAAAUAUUGGCGUUAAAACUAGUGACUGGGACAUAAUUAUAAUUUUUCUCAUUACUCAAAAAUUGGAUCCCGAAUCCCGCAAGCAGUGGGAACAAAGGGUUUCCGAUUCUGUUCAGGAUUUGCCUAGUCUUAAUCAAUUUGAGGAGUUUUUGCAAAGUAGAUUCCGGUCUUUGGAGUUUUUGGAUACCAGGGUUCAAAGGGUCGAAAAGGCGAACUGUACUCAUGUUGCCACUACUUUAGUAGCUUGUGCUUUCUGUACUUUAAAUCAUAAGUUGUUUAAUUGUAAAAAAUUCUCUAAAGAAAGUGUCGAUGCGCGUCGUGUCGACUCUGUAGAAAAAAAACACCACAGUCUACUACAUCCCAAAAAUCCAAAAUCAGCUAGCGAUCCUAAGAGUGUCACGGCUGAUGAGUCUGUGAAGGAGGCUGAAAGAGUUACGCCAAAUUUACCACUAACCAGUGGUGAGCAAUCAAUUCCACAAGUAGUCACUUGUGUUUCAAACAUGCUCGGGCAAGUCUUAUUGGCUACCGCCCUAGUAAAGGUAGAGUGUCCUAAAACGAAAUCUACCUUUGUCCUGAGAUCUCUUCUAGAUCAGGGGUCUCAGGCAUCGUUUAUAACAGAGUCUGCUGUACAAAUGUUGGCACUCAAAAGGACUCCUGGGGCCAGUCUUGUAUCAGGUCUUGGCAGUGACCAAGCGACCUUAGCUUCAAAGUCGUUUGUGUUUAUAAAAAUUCAGUCCCGUCUUGACCCAAGCUUUACAAUUACUGUUAAAGCUCAUGUACUCAGCAGACUCACAACCUUUCUACCAAGUAGUAAGGUCGUUGUUCAAGUGUUGCCCGCACUUCCGUCGAAUAUGUUGGCGGAUCCUACAUUUGAUAUGCCAAAUAAAAUCGACUUGCUCCUCGGGGCUGAGGUAUAUAGCCAGAUUCUAAUGGAAGGGAUAAUCAGGGGCCCGUCUAAUUCAAUAGUUGCUCAACGCACGAGAUUGGGCUGGGUCCUAUCUGGCAGAAUACCCAGCCAUAAGGGAGAAGUCACUGGUAGCGAAACGUGCAUGAAUGUAGUAAGUCUACACACCAUGCAAACCAACGAGAACGAAAUUCUCAAAAGAUUUUGGGAAUUGGAGUCCGAACCAUCUCUUGGUAUGUGCAACCGUUUGUCUCAAGAAGAGCAGAGAUGCGAGGAAUUCUUUACCAAAUCAACAAGGCGUGAUGAGACCGGUAGGUAUGUCGUACGAUUACCAUUCAAAAGGGAACAUCCACUAUGUCUACGUGGUAAUCUAAAGGAUAUAGCGAACAAACGUUUUCUGUUUUUGGAAAAGCGUUUAUUGAAGGACCCAGAACUUAAAGUCGCAUACUCAAAGGUUAUAAAUGAGUAUAUAAGUUCUGGCCAUAUGGAAGCAGUGAGUUCUAACGAACUUGCGAAGAAAUCAGUAUAUCUCCCACAUCACGCCGUAGUACGUCAUGACAAGACCACAACAAAGGUGCGUAUGGUUGUGGACGCAUCUUGUACGGAUUCAAAUGGGGUAUCCCUUAAUAAUGAGUUGAUGGUAGGCCCCACACUUCAACCGGAACUUCGUCAUAUUGUAAUGCGAUGGCGAUGUUACCCUAUCGCUCUAGUAGCUGACAUCGUCAAGAUGUACAGACAAAUAAGAGUAGCUGAUGAGGACUUAGAUUUUCAGCGCAUAUUUUGGCGCGAAAGUCCAGAUGCUGAACUUCAGCAUCUUCGCUUUUUGCGAGUUACCUUUGGCACCUCAUCAGCACCUUAUUUGGCUGUUCGAUGUCUUCAACAACUAGCCCAUGACGAAGGUUCCAAAUUUCCAUUAGCAGUGCCGAAAGUGCUGUACGAAUUUUAUAUGGACGACCUGAUGUCCGGUUGCUAUACAGUAGCCGAAGGCGUUCAGAUCUAUGAUCAGAUGACUGCUUUAUUGAAACGUGGGGGAUUUCCACUUCAGAAGUGGUCUAGUAAUAGCGUCGAUUUAUUGAAUAAAAUACAGACUGACACCAAGGAGUCCAAUAAUUCUCUGGUGUUGAAAACAGACGAAGUGAUCAAAAUUCUCGGCCUGAAAUGGAACAGGGACACCGACGAAUUCCAGUGUACCGUCGACCUCCCACCGCUCCAAGCUCUCGUUACGAAGCGUAUAAUGAUCUCCGACAUUGCUCGGCUCUUUGAUCCAUUGGGUUGGUUGGCGCCAACUGUCAUCACAGCGAAGAUCUUUAUACAGAGGAUAUGGCUAACUGGAAUCAACUGGGAUCAAGAACUACCGUCAUCCCUACUUAAGGAAUGGGUAGAAUUCCGCAACGAUUUGCCCAAUUUAGCUAAGAUGCGAUUUCCUCGAUGGAUUCACUCGCAUCCAAACGAUCAGGUCUGUGAGUUACAUGGAUUCUCAGACGCAUCAAAUGCGGCAUAUGCAGCAGUAGUAUAUGCGCGCAUCGUGGAUGCUCAGGGAAAAGUUCACGUAAAUCUGAUCACUUCUAAAACGAGAGUAGCUCCGAUAAAACAAAUCUCAAUCCCUCGCCUAGAACUCUGCGGUGCGGUUUUGCUGGCGAAACUACUGAAUGAAGUAUCGGAGGUACUGAAAAUACCUAAAGAACAUAUACACGCUUGGUCCGAUUCUUCAAUAGUUCUAGCUUGGCUCAGUAGCCAUCCCAGUCGAUGGAAAACAUUCAUCGCAAACAGGGUUUCUGAGAUACUUUCAGUUAUGGAUGCAGACCAAUGGUCGCAUGUGGCCUCAAAGGAGAACCCAGCAGACCCUGCAUCGCGAGGCUUAAUGCCAUCUGAAUGUGUGACAAACCAGCUUUGGCAUCAAGGCCCUGAUUGGUUAUGGUUUGACGUAAUAAAUUACGAAAGGAAUAUAACGGACACAACCCUAGAAGAGAGGAAACCAAAAAUUAAGACCUACAUGACGGCAGCAAAUAAUGAAGAAGAUAAUCUACUAUCGAAAUAUUCAUCCCUGAAAAAACUUACCCGAGUUGUGUCGUUCUGCCGUAGAGUCCUACACUGGAAGGAACCUAAAGAAAAAAGGAAAAAGAUUAGUACACAAUUAACAGCAAGGGAAAUCAAUGAAUCGUUACUUUCCUGUAUCAAGAUGUGUCAGCGACGAAGUUUUAGUGAAGACAUCGGAGACCUAGAAAGGAAAAGAAAGUUAAAAAAAACUAGUAAACUUACCUCGUUGAAUCCCUUUUUGGACACUUACCAAAUUCUUAGAGUUGGUGGAAGACUACAGAGGGCGAACGUCGAUAAAGAUACGAGACACCCCAUCAUUCUUCCCCACAAGUCAGCUUUCACAAAUUUGAUAAUCGACGAGGCUCAUUCUAAAACGAUGCACGGAGGGCCUCAAAUCAUGCUCAAUUAUCUUAGAAGUAGAUAUUGGAUAAUUGGCGCUAAAAGUCUCGUUCGUCAGUUUGUCCGCAGGUGUGUGACUUGCAUCCGCUACUCGGCACAAACAAGCCAGCAGAUGAUGGGUCAGCUACCAUCAUCACGAGUUACCCCACACAGACCUUUCCACAAGAGUGGAGUUGAUUACGCGGGUCCAAUUCAAGUCAGACCUACAAAGGGUCGCGGUUAUCGCUCCACAAAGGGCUACAUAUGCUUAUUUGUGUGCAUGGCAACGAAAGCCCUACACCUUGAGGUGGUCAGCGACAUGACUGCGCAAAGCUUCUUGGCUGCAUUCAAAAGAUUUGUCGCACGAAGAGGCCAUGUCUCUGACUUGUGGAGCGAUAACGGCACUAACUUUGUAGGAAGUGCUAAAGAGCUUACAAAAUUGUUUUCCGCAGAAAGGUCUGUCGUAGUGGCGGAAAUACAGGACUGGAUGUCCUCAAAUGGUACUAACUGGCACUUUAUUCCUCCCCACUCUCCAAACUUUGGAGGGUUGUGGGAGGCAGGUAUUAAAUCUGCCAAGUAUCAUCUAAAACGUGUAAUUGGAGAUAGCACCCUUACUUUUGAAGAGUUGACUACCACGUUGUCUCAGAUUGAGGCGUGCCUCAACUCGAGACCCAUUUGUCAGAUAUCGAACAACCCUGAUGACCCAAAUCCACUUACUCCGGGUCACUUUUUAGUAGGCGAACCUCUUGUUCUCGUACCAGACAUGAAUUACGAAACCUCUAAUAUUAGUGCCCUGAGUAGGUGGAAUUUAACCCAACGCAUGGUCCAGGACUUCUGGCGUAGAUGGUCCCAAGAGUAUCUGACUCAGCUCCAUCAUCGUUAUAAAUGGUCGGACCAAGUUCCUGAACCAGACGUGGGAAGUGUAGUAUUGGUCAAAGAAGACGAUCUCCCACCAGCGAGGUGGUUACUAGGUAUCAUCACCGAUAAGCACCCAGGUUUGGACGGUCUCACGCGCGUGGUAACCUUAAAAUAUAAGGGCAAUAUCAUAAAACGACCAGUAUCUAAAUUAGUAUUAUUACCCAAAGAUUGUGUUUAA